AGUUCGCGCGGCUCCCCGGGGAUCCGAGCGGGCGGGGAGCGGGACCGGCCCUGUCCGCGGUGGGGCUGAUGCAGCCGCCUCCCCUGUGGGAUUGCUCCACGCGCGGGGUGCGGGCAGCCCCCGGCCCCUUUGUAGGGGAAGCGCGGUGGGGCUUCGCCGCCCUCGGCCCCUGCGGGCAGUGAGGCGGUUGUCCGCCGUCCUCCUCGGGAGCCCCGCAGGUCCGCCCUGCGCCUCCUCAUCCUCCUCGGAGGAAAGGCGCAGGGUCCCGCUGCCCGGUCACUUCCCGGGGUGGCCUUGGCCUACGGCGUGGGCGGGGGCCGCGGGCCCACCCGCUCCGUGGGGUCAGGUCGGGGGGACCCCCGCAGCCACGCUCUGGGCGCUGCCGCCCUGGCGGAGCAGGCCCGGCGGGGCUCGGGGUCGCCAGCCGGGGCAGCCACCCGUGCCCCGGCCUUCCUUUGUUGCCUUCGCCGCAGGGCGUCGUGCGGCUCCUGGCGGGACCCGGCCGGCCCCGCCUCCCCGCUGCCCGGCGGCGCGGAGCGGAGCGGGGCGCUGUGCCCCCUCCAGCCCUGCAGGGUGCGCGCCUGCUCGGGGGGCAGGUUUUCUCCCGUUCACGGCCAUUGCUGUUGCAGGGGAACUUUCUACUGAUGAAUCUGUGGAUUCAACAGCUGAAUCUGCCGCUGCUUUCCAUCCUCGGAAGCCUGACAAAUAGGAAAAUACUACAAAGUGAAGAGAAAAUUCACUUCACAAGAACUGAGCUCUGCUUUCAUAGGCUUUAAAAUUUUACUUGUAUUAGUAACUGAUAAGUGUCAGAUCAUCUCUGUAGUCUCCUGUGGUGAAAUUAUUAGGUUAAAGCUGGAAAAAAUGAAACAAUUAAAAAGAAAAAGAAAAAGCAAUUUUAGCGUUCAGGAAACUCAAACUCUCCUUAAGGAAAUCAGAAAAAGGAGGGAAGUACUCUUUUCAAAGCAACUUAAUACAACAAUUAAUGAGAUGAAACGGAAAGCUUGGGAGGAAAUAGCAGAGUGUGUAAAUGCUGUAGGUGAAGGAGAGCAAAGAACAGGGACAGAAGUGAAAAGGCGAUACCUUGACUGGAGAGCACUCAUGAAGAGAAAACGUCUGAAUGCAAACAUCAAAGUAGUAGGUGCUGGGUUUCACCUUCCUUCAUCCAAUUUAGAUGACUCUCUCAAUGAAGACAUGGAUGAGAAAAUGGGAUUUGCAAUUGAAUCUAGUUUUGAAUGGCAAAAUAUCACUGACUUCAGAGAAGCUGGUGGAUCCUUAACAGAAAUCAAAGUAGAAGAGGAAGAGGAGGAUCCGCAGAAUUUUGAAUUUCCUAUAGAGGAAGAAGAAGAAAUAUUGUCAUCGGUUUUGCCAGAGUCGAAAAAAGAAAAUGACCUGCCAGACUUCCCACACAUUGAAGAGUUUGGAAAUCUAAGCUCUGCUCAAGCUAGGCUAGCCUAUGAAGAUUCUCACUUGCUUGUAAAUCUGGAGAAGCAGAAGGUGGAACUGGAGAAGCAGCGACUAGACAUUGAAGCUGAAAGGUUGCAAGUGGAGAAGGAGCGCCUGCAAAUUGAAAAAGAGCGUCUGCGGCAUGUUGACUUGGAGCGUGAGAGACUUCAGAUUGAGAAGGAGCGACUUCAGAUUGAAUGGGAGAAGCUCAGACUAGAGACUCUGCAUGCUGAAAAACCUGCCCUGGAAAAUGAUCUCACCCAAACAGAAAAACCCAUCAUGCAGCCUCUGGAUCUAGAAACUGAAAAGUUAAAACUCGAAAAAGAACGUUUGCAGUUAGAGAAAGAGCGGCUGCAGUUCCUGAAGUUUGAGUCAGAGAAGCUGCAGAUUGAGAAGGAACGCUUGCAAGUGGAGAAGGAGCGACUUCGAAUUCAGAGAGAGGGUCACUUGCAGUGAACUUCUCAAGGGUCAACGUUAGUAUUUUGAUGUUUGUAAAAUAGAGGUAGUUCUUUUCUUGACACUGAAACUGUCCUAGAGGUUUAACAUUCAUCUGUUUGGAGUUGAAUGUUGAUGUUAAACUAAAAAAGAAAAAAAAAAUGGUGCUGAAUAUGUCAGUGUGCCUACAUACAUGAGCUUAUGUGUGAAAUUGCUUUUCAGUGUAUCAGAAAGAAGUGUUAUGUUCUCUUGUCCUCAGUAUUGUGUUGUAUUAGUUUGGUGUCCUCUCAUAGUCAUAUUGAGAAGAAUCAAGGCUGAACCUUGUGUAAUUUUUUCACUGUACUAACAGUAAGGAAGGAUCACAAUAAAUUAAUGUACGUUGUGAGGGCAUGGUGCUGACAGUAGCCCACACAGUAAAUAAGUUAGAACACAAUAAUGCAGAGACAUGAUGCAAUUGAUUCAUUUAACUUAAUCUCCUCGUUUUGUUUUUUUUUCCACCUCACCAAUUGGAAAAAGAGUUCAAGAAUUAUCUAAAAGUUAAAGUACAAGUUAAGUUUACAGCUGUUACGUUUACUGUUGUUCCAGAGCUUGAACUGAAUGGGAGUGCAGAAAAACAGUAUUCUAUCUUUUGCAUGAAGUGUUCAUGCUACAUAAAGUUACACAUCAAUCAUACCUACUAUAAGCUGGACUGCUGGUUGCACCAGGCCAUUAAUAAUGCUGUAUGGAAUAUAGCACUUGUCAUAGUAUAGCAUAGGGACUUACUGAUUGAUCAGGUGUGCUGUCCCAUGAAUCUCUGACCUCCUGAAGUAAUUUGCUAGUCCUGGCUUGUUCCUUGAAAGACAGUAGCUGGCGAUGAGAGUCUUGGUCGUGGAGUUGUAGAGUGUAAGCAGCAACUAAGGAGCACGGGGCUGAGCACUAACACUCGUGAUGUUGGUUCUGUGUGGCCAGCACUGAGGUCAUGUCCAAGAGGCAGCCAGAAGAUACUUCAGUGGCUGACACCGUGUAGUGUGUUUUAAUUAGACAAACAGAAAUGGUCAGUGCUGAGGGCUGUCAGUAUAUUUCAUAAGCAAUGUAUUUAUUUAAAAUAAUUAAAAAACCCAAGCUAUUAUUUCAUAUGUUUCAAUCCCAACUGAGCCAGACUUCACAUUUCUCAUCUUUCUGCAAGUAACUAUCUUUUGUUGACUCCAUUUGAAAUUUACAACUACGAAAAUACUAAAUCUGAAUAUAUGUUGAGUGACUUACAUGGAUUCCUGUGCAAGUAAAUAUAUUUAUACCACUACAGGAUUACUUUUAUUCUGCAAAGAAAAUGUUAUUUUUUUAUUACUGAAACAAGUGUGCUUCUACAGUGGAAAUAAAUUUGACUAGUACAAUCCAAAAA